AUGGCCGUCAACGGCGCAGGGCCGAUGAUCGCGCUCCGCCGCGAGCCUUUCGACUUUGGCAUCCUCCCCGCGUCGUUCCUCCUCCCGCGCGCCGAGUCCGUCGCCGCCCUCGUGCCCAUCCAGCGCAGGCUCCUCCAGUGCGCGCACCCCUCGCGACACGAUCCGACCAAGCUCGUCGUCUCCGUCGCCGACGCCGCGCAGUGCAUGGGGAUCGCGCCCCAACACGCCGAGCACGUCAUCGACACCAUGCACGCCGUCGCCCCCGCCGAACCGACGCCCCACCCCGCCGAGGACGACGGUCUGCCGAACGAACCGGAAGUGCGCGUCCAGCACCUCCUGCAGUUUCUCUUCGUGCAGACAUUCGCGAGACCGCACGCGCAAUCGUCGCUUCGCGAGAACGGAAGCGGGCUGGAACUCACGGGGUUUCACGCCGAGGCGGGGGGCGGGGGCGGGCCGGACGAGACGGGUAAUGGAAUCAGCGGCACCCUCGGCACCCACGGGUACCCGUCCCCGCCGCGCGGAGGCGCCAACUCGAGUCCGCACGGCUCACCGGCCAAAAGGUCGAGGUCGGCCAACGGGGCGCACGUCGAGCGAGACCGCCGCGAGGACCAGCUCCGCGAGGCUUUCGCCGUGCACCACUUCAACGCGCUCGCGGGGCUGCUGGUGGAGGACGAGUCGAGGGCGAACAACGCGGACGGCGGCGGCGGCGGCGGGGGAUCGUUCGUCGGACACGGCGGACACGGCGGCGGCGUCGUCCAGUUGACCGCGAGCGAGGUGGACGCGCUGGACUUUAUGUUCCGCGAGGUUCGACCGCGGGGCGCCGGUUCCAUCGACGACGACGACGACGCGACGGACGCGACGGACGGACGCCGCGCGGGGCGUCUGAGCGCGUCCACCGGUCUGUUCGCGGACGGCUUGGUCCCGUCGACAGCGAUUCGCGAUUGGAUCGCGCGAUCGCUCGCGCCCGUUGAGCGCUCAUCCGACCCCGGCUCGCCGCUCGGCUCGCCGCGUCGCGUCGCGGGCGUCCUAUCCGGGACCGGGACCCACGCGCCCGCAUCCGGCGACCCCGGCUCGACGACGAUCGAGGUUGGGGGUCUGCACCGUGGCACGAGGGUGGUUCGAGAGGGCGACGCGCAGCUGUGCACCGGGUCGUCCUCGUCCGUCGUGGUUCGUAACUGCGUCGACUCCGUCGUGUACCUCCUCGCGCCGUUUCAGUACGCCACGGUGGCGAACUGCGUGGACUGCGUCGUCGUGGUGGGGGCGUGCGCGCGUGCGUUGAGAGCGGAGCAGUGCGAGCGCUUGACCCUCAUCGCGGCGUCCAAACGGUUCGUCUCGAAGAUGUGCCACGAGUGCUCGUUUCACCUCGGCGUCGAGCGAGCACCGGCGUUUCUCGGCGAGAACCGGGGUUGCCACGUGGCGCCCUACAACACCUUCUACGAGCAGCUCGAGAGGCACCUGGAGAGUGCGGGGUUGGAGGCGGGUCGGUGCGCGCGGUGGGAUUGCCCCGUCGUGCUCGGCGGCGGCGGUGAAGAUUCGACCGAUCGGCUCGGCGGCGGCGUGGACAAGUUACCCGCGGAGAAGUUUUCGCCGUUCAUCGUGCCGUUCAGAGGGCAAAACCCCAACGCGUCGUCGUCGUCGUCGUCGUCGUCGGGAGGUCAAGGACAAGGCACGCGUCCUCCGACGCAGGCGAACCCGUUUGCGGUUCCCCCCGAGUACGUCAGGGCUCUCGACGCCAAGGUGAAGGCGGUGGCGAGCCUUCGGUCGGCGCUUCGUGACGCGGGUUUAGACGAGCGGAGCAGGCGGGAGCUGCAGGCGACGAUCCAGGCGUUCUUCAAGGAGUGGCUCAUGACGUCGGGGAGCAUGCGGCAGGUGUACGACCUGGCGAGGAUAGAGCGGGGCGAGUAG